AUGGCAGAAUGCUCCUUGCGUCACUGGCCCGACAACGGAGGCACUCCGCAGCGCGACUCAAAGCCCAAGGCUCACUGGAGUCAAGUCCGCGAUAGGCCACUUCUCCGUGACCUCGUUGAGAAGGGCAAACCGGCCUUGAACGUCUGCAUCUCGAUACUGGAACAUCACCUGACAACUGCCAAUCUUGAGCACUGGGAGGACUUAGACUCUAAAGCGAAGUCGUUGCUCCCGAAACUGGAAGAGCUGUUGGGAAGUUGGGACAGCAGACAACGGCCUCUACUGGUACACGCGCACCGAAAAGGUGAAGCGGCGGAACUCCUGAUCGAAAAUCUGGCGGGUAUUGUCUUUCUAGGAACCCCGCAUCUGCGAGAAAGCAACAAACCAGAAUGGGAAAAGGCGGCUGCUAUUCUUGAGCUUCGCAUGUUGUCACCACCCAAGGCUCUUUCGGAUGAGAACGAACUACGACAACUGUUUCAUUGGUCCCAAGACUUCGAGGAUCUUGGGCUAAAAGCUCGAAUCCUCUCCACGACGGAAAGAAAGGAAAGUAAGAAGAAGAGGGGCACGAAGCUCAACAAGUGGAGGAAAGAGAGUUUACAUAUUGUGGUACGGGAAAUACUUAGUACGAUGGUCAACGGCUGA